UAAAUCCUGGAUUUUUUUUUGUUGCAGACUACUGUCCUCAAGGUUGGUAUGUCAUGCCAAGGCUGUGUUGGUGCUGUGAAAAGGGUUCUUGGAAAACUUGAAGGUGUAGAAUCAUAUGACAUUGAUUUCGAUGCACAGAAAGUGACGGUGAAAAGCAAUUUACCACCCGAGACAGUCCUGCAAACCAUUUCCAAAACUGGCAAGAAGACUGCCUAUUGGGAAGCAGAAGCACCAGCAGAGCCUGAAGCAAAGCCUGCAGAAGCAUCAGCAGAGCCCGAAGCAAAGCCUGCAGAAGCUGUGGCUGCCGCUUAGUCUUUCCCUGUUUAAUGUGGUAUGAGUCAUUGAAUAUGUCCAAGAGUAAUGAACUUGGUAUGGUGUCCUGUAAACUAUCAAGUGCUCUUUCAGCUUUUGCUUGUUUGUAAGCGACAAUGUUUCUCUCUGAACUAGUUGUGUGACUUUCUGUAUAAAUAAAUUGAGGAGAGACAUUGUGUUGUGUCGUGCAUUCUUUAAGAUCCUAUUUUAGGCUUUGUUUUUCA